AUGGUAUGGAAUGGUCCAUAUUUUAUUAAUGUGUACUGGAGAAAUAAAUAUGUUGUAGAGGAUGGCACGAUCAGAACAUUUGAUAACAGGGCAGAUGCGACAUUAGUUAUUGAGCGCAGGUUGUCGUAUUCUGAGUUUUUGAGCAGAAUUUGUGAUAAGGCGGGUUGGGACAGAGAAUAUGUAAAUCUGAGAAUUACUUUGUUGUUCAAAAACAACAGUGUAAGACGAAGCGCAACAAUUACGGACGACUCGAUGGUGGAAAUUAUUUAUUAUUUUUCGGGUUCAUCAUAUUUGGAGCUGUAUGUUAAAAAUGAAGACACUGUGCAUGGCCAAAAUUUGUUAGAUCUUGCUGGACAGAGACAUGAAGAUACAUUUGGGUCGCAACAGCAAUAUUGGAUGAAUAAUUCUCAACAACAUGCAGAAGCGGGGCCUAGCAGGAGCAGCGGCGAUGGAUAUGUUGCUGAGGCACAAGACGGGGGUCAACAUGAUGACUUUGAUUCAUCAGAUGAGGAUGAUGCAUCUGACGGAACUUCUGUAGAAAGCGAAGAAGAAACUGAUUACCAAACUAAUGUGUCGGAUGAAACUGACUUAGAAGAAGAACAACACGAAGAGGAAGCAGAAGCAUAA